AUGGUUGCUCGUAAGGGAAUGACCGCAGAGGAAAAGGAAAAGGCAGGGAAGAAAAUCUUUGCUGGCUUGGUGGCGGCCAUAGUGGCUCUCGUUGGCUUUGUCAUUUGGCGCAGGCGGAGGAAGAGUAGUCCUCCUAGCAGCGCUGGCACUGACGGUGGAGGUGCGACAUCGCCGAAGUCAGGAAAGCCACCGCCGCCCAAGCGAGACUUUUUGACACGGGUGAAGAAGCCCUUGACAGAGGCAGCUGUUCUGCACAAACGAGAAUGUGUGCAUGAUUGA